AUGAGCCGGAUCUUGAGACGGCAUGAUCAGAUGCGCUUAAGUGACAUGGAGGCCAUCAUCGAACGAGGCAUCUCAUUCGUAACAUGGCGAGACAGGCUAGCUCGUCGCGGUUGUCAGCUGAACAUUGUGGAUCGCUCCCAUGGUUGA